AUGGAGAGCGAAGCCCAAUCAUCUGGUGUAGCUAUGAACAUUGAUCACAAUGUGUUGGAUGAGAUGAACCAAGUCGGUCAGAAUGACGACAUUAUAAUUCCUGAUCUUAAUGAAGAGCCAGAGGAAAAUGUUAGUUCGUCAUCUAAAGGUGACCAUGUUCCUGUUAACCAAACUAAUAGCAAUGUAGACGAUGACAAUAACCGUGUUGCUGCCAUAGCCCUAGCUGUUGGGAUGUUGUUUCAAUCAGGUGAAGAAUUUGCCCAAUGCUGCCAUAAGUACGCUUAUGAGAAAGGAUUUGAAUUUUAUGUUAGAACAGAUACAUUGAUGAAGGGGUACAAAGUAGUAGAUGUCAAUCUUAGAGGUGUUGGGAAAAAGGAGCCAAAGUACCAUAUGAUGUCCCGUAUUAGAAUGGAUUGGGGAUGGUUUGUAAUCACACAAUGUGUGUUGGACAAUCAUCCUCUUUUGUCGGAUUGUACAAGGCGCAUGGUGAACUAUAGAGGUAUAGAAGACGAUAGCUAUGAGAGAAUGGCUCUAAACGAUGCUGCUGGGAUCUCUUUGGGUAAGAGCUAUAAUUCGUUCGUUAUUGAGAAAGGAGGACCUUCGAAAUUGUCAUUCACCAAGCAAGAUAUGAUAAAUGUAGUGCACGUGCAACGCCGCCUUAUCUUAUUUCAAGGGGAUGCACUUGCCGUAGAACAACACUUUACAAAGAUGACCGAAGAAGAUCCUAAUUUUUAUAGUGAUAUUCAACAAGAUCAAGAAGGAAAACUUCUAAAUGGUUUUUGGUAUGAUGCUAGGGGUCGUGCAAUGUAUCGAGAUUUUGGUGAUAUUGUGUCAUUUGAUACAACCUUCUUAUGCAGGUACAAAAUGCCAUUUGCUCCAUUUGUAGGCUGCAAUCAUUAUGGGUCUACUAUACAUUUUGGAGCUGCCUUAAUCACUCAUGAGGAUUUCGAGUCGUUCGAAUGGGUAUUUAGACACUUUCUUGAAUGUAUGUGCCAACCUCCUAAAGGAAUAUUGACUGAACAGUGUAAAGCUAUAGGGAAGGCAGGGGAAAUUGUGUUUCUUGAUGUGUCGCACAGGCUAUGUUUAUUUCACAUUAAGCAAAACGCAGCAAGGAAUUUGGGGAAGUUACCUAGAUGGAAGGAGAUAGAGGCAAAUUUGAAUCAUGUUGUGCACGAUAAUUUUUGCAUAGAACAGUUUGAGGAUGCAUGGAAGGUUAUGGUUACAAAGAACAAGUUGCAAAAGAACACUUGGUUAAGUGACGCAUAUGCUAAUAGGCAUCGGUGGGCUCCUGGCUAUUGGCGUAGGCUUUUUUGGGCUGGCAUGUCAUCAACGCAACAUAGUGAAAGCACGAACCGUGGUGUAAAAGUGUACGUGUGUUUGAAUACUGGGUUGAUGCAAUUCAUGAAUCAAUUUAAUGCGUAUUGUGGUGGCUUAGUGGAAAGGGAAAAGGACCUAAAUUACAAAACAAAGCGUAAUCCAUUUUUCUAUGACAACAUUGUACUAGCCGAGGUGGUGUUUAGCAAGGCUUACACAAAUGAUAAGUUUUUGGAGGUGAGGGACGAGGUGAUAGGGCUAAUGCACACCAAUAUAGUUAAAACAGGCAACAUAGGAUCAAUGAUUUUGUAUGAUGCAGACGAGAAGAUCCCCAAACCAGUAUGGAAAGCAACAAGGCGGACGUUUAAGGUUUCCGUUGAUAAAGAAAAAGGCGAAUUUAGUUGCAGCUGCAAGCUUUUUGAGUUUAGGGGUAUCUUGUGCCGGCACAUUAUCCAGGUGAUUCAUACUAAAGAUAUCGAGUGCAUCACAGAGAAGUACAUUUUGAAUCGAUGGAGGAAGGAACGACCCUAA